AUGCUUGGCAGUCAAUCUCAGUCUGACAACGAAGGGCACACAGUGGGAAAAAUCAGACGCCGGAAACGGCGAUGUCCGGAACAGCAAGUUCACCAAAGACAAGCAGCUAACCUCCGAGAACGUAAACGAAUGCAGUCCAUUAACGAUGCAUUCGAAGGUUUACGGACACACAUUCCAACUUUACCCUAUGAGAAGAGACUGUCCAAAGUGGACACCCUGCGUCUGGCUAUUGGAUACAUUGGCUUUCUCACGGAACUUGUCCAAACUGACGUUCAUUCGAAAGAAAACAUCCAUCAUCAGCUCGGGGAACAACCCAGGAAAGUCAUAAUCCACUGUCAUCGAGGUAUUGUUGACGACACGGAAAGGUUUGGAUUACCUCCCCUGGCUGGACAUUCGCUCUCCUGGACCGACGAGAAAAAAACGUUACUCGGUCCAAAUAACACAAUGGUUGCAAAAAUAUGGACUCCAGAAGAUCCGCGACUCAAUAAAGCGGAAGCGGACUGUUCUAACAUAUUGGACUCAACACUGGAAGUGUAGCCACAGUUCGAGGGCUUUUAUAAUAUAUAUUUUAAAGAAAUUGUGAUUUUUUUCUCCAAGAAAAUAACUUAUACUGUCAGUGUGACAAGUUCUGGUGUGAAAGAACUGAAUCGUGAAGAGAGAAUUGGUCGGGUUUUUUUCUGCAGAGAUUCUGACAUUUCCAGAAACCGGGAGUGAGAAAUAAGCAGGUGCUGUUGAUGGGGGUUUGGACUCAAUACGGAUCAAUCUCCACCUUCGAUUUUCUUCCAACUUUCAUGCCACACACAAACUGCAUUAUACAGAGAAGUGUGUAAACAUCUCUCAGUCUUGUACAAUGUCAUAAUUUAUUUUCCUAGAGUGAAUGUUAACAAAAUACAAACCUUGAUUCCGUUCUUUUAUUUGUCUAUGCUACUACAGCAUCAUAAAUAAUUCUUUGAUAUUCUUUAAUUCUCUGUGUGCAGAGUAAAUCGCACAUGUUAUGUUCGUCAUCCUCUGUAAUAUAAGUUGUUCAUUUUGUAAAAACUGAAACAUCUUGGAUUGUUCGAUUGGUAAAAUUACGAUUGUCACCGCAGAUACGUGCAAACCUUAACACUUUUGUUGGCUCUCACGUUUCGGAUACAAAAGAAAAACAAUUCACUUAAUACGAUGUAAGUGGUCCCACAAAUAUACCGUCACACCUUGAAAAUAUAUAACAUAGAAGAUGGUGAAAUUUUUCAUAUAAUUCUUGGGGAAAAUGUAUUGAAACAAACUUAAAACUUUUAUAAGUGGUAAAGAUGUAUUCUGAUCAAGGCAAAAUUCUCAUGUAGUUGGUUUGUCAACUUAUAAACCUGUUUUCCUAUAAUAAUAAACGCGUUUCAGUGCUUUAGUAUAUAUUCACUCACUGAGAUACAAUUGACCAUUAUUCACUCACUGAGAUACAAUUGAUCAUUGUUCACUCGCUGAGGAAACAAUUGAUCAUUGUUCACUUACAGAGAUACAAUUGAUCAUAUCAGUUUUUUCACUGCAUGCUGUUAUUACAUGCUACUUUAUUUAGUAUAUAUGUGUUUCUAUGAAUAUGGGGUUCUAUUCGGAUUUCUUUUUUAGAUCCAUCCAGGUUAAAGAGAGCCACUUUUUACAUUUGAGAUGUGAUAAAUAAUUCAAUAUUUUAUGUUCCUAAACGUUUUUUGUUUGUUUUAUACAUGUGUGGUGCUAAGGGAGCUAGCUUUAGUGGAAAUUUACUGCUUUCGUUUUUUUUUCUUUAAGCUCAAUGCAAAUCGUCGCUUUUCAUCACAUUAUUUAACAUAUAUGAUUUUACAUUAUAAUUUUGUGGGUAUUAUUGCUUUCAUUUAAGGUAUUUCAUUUUUCGUGUAAUAUUUUGUGC